AUGAAAAUACAUUAUGAAAAGUGCAAAAAUAAUAUUCCGGAAUCUCGUGACGACGUUGAAGUUGUAGAAUUGGCUUCACUUUCCGAACCUAGCUCAUCUGCAAGUUCUUCGGCAAAAGGCGACGAUUGCGCGGAACCGUCUCUUAAAAAAAAGAAACUAUCUGCAAACUUAAGCUCCUUUAUAGUAACAACGCCAAAAUCUACAAAAGAAACAACAGACCGACAAAUAGCAAAGGCCAUGUUUGCUACAAACUGUAGCUUCAGAAGUAUUGAACAUCGAGAAGUAAAAAAGCCAUUUCAUUAUUACGCCCAGGGAGGAAAAGCAUUAGUGCUGCCAUCAGAUAUUCGUUGCAAUACUGUAACUGAUUGCUUCGAAGUCUUUGUGUCUGAGUGGCAAAAGCUACUAAAAAUAUGUGAAGAGAACAGGGAAGUCAUAGAUCCUGUUAUUAGAGCAAAAGUUGAAAAUAUGGUCGUAAAGAGAAGCGGAAUUAGCUCACUGGAAAAUGCUGAGAUAGAAAUCACUCGAAUGUUAGGCAUAAGCGACACAGAAGAGGAACAAAAUGAAGAUUUAAAACAAUGCGAACGUACUUCAAUUGAAAAUGUUGCCGUUCAAGAGUGUUUCAAUGAUUUAGCAAAUAGUUGUGUUAAUGAUGCUCAGUAUCUACAACCAUCCACGUCCAAUCUGUCCGAUCCUACAAAUACUACAAAUAUUAAUGAUGUUGUUGUUUUUACUUCUAAUCAAGAAAUAGAUCAAAACCAAGAUACUGUUAUUCUGAACACAGCUGAACUCAAUUAUCAAGAUAUUUCUCAAAAACUUGAUAAUUUAUUACAAAUAACAGAAAUACUUCAAGAGAACUAG